UUGAAGAUGUUUUUAUCGACUCCGGGAGCUUUAAUCUCCUCAAUAAAAUGAUUUUAGUAAUGCGAGUGGAAUAAGAAAAUCUUUUAUAAAAUAAGUACUGCAAAUGCUACGAAAUAUUUAACAUUCUAGUGAUCAAUAAAUUUUGUUUGUGUUGUUGUUUGAUUAGAAAGUCUGUUUUUUAUCUAAAUAUUUAUUAGAAUAUUGAACUUGUAGCAAUUUGCUACACAGAUAUGUAGCAACAUUAAUUAAUGACAUGCAAAUAUUAAUUUUUACAGUGAAAUGUGAAAUUAUUAAAAAUAAAGUCAAAAGAUGAAACAAAAUUAAUGAAUCAAGAAAAUGACAAUUAAAAUGCAGUAACAAUGUCGGGUGGUAACUCAUCCAAGAAUAAGCGCUCCUCCAAACGUCAGGAAGGAUGGGAGGAGGCUGGCGGGGAGUUCUACCAGGAACUGUACCCUGGUCAGGAGCAGGAUCUGAUCGAGAACCUGCACAGAGCUGAUGCUACUAAAUUGGCGACGCUGUUGCCCUCCAAACAGGCCAGGAAUACCACAACAGUGAAGCGCGUGCGAUCCCAGAAUGAAAGGAGACAGUCGACGUACGCUCGUACCACGCAGAGUCGUGAUAUACACCUGUCCAUGUUGCCCGAUCUAUCCGAAAAUCUGUCGAACGAAGAACGGACGUGGGAUGAAAUCAUGCAAAUAAAAGCAAUGCCAGUCCCAAUGAUGGAGAAGCGGGAGAUGAAGGCGAGACUUCAGAACGCAACAAAACUCCGUCUGCAAGGUCUGGAACACCUGCAUUGGAAGCAGAGGAAGGUGUGGCAUCGCUUCCGCAUACGAUUCGGUGAGAUCAUCGGCAAACUGGAGCUGUGGCAGUCUGCGAUGCGGAAGAUCGAGGGUAACUUCGGCACUGGAGUCGUCUCCUAUUUCCUGUUUAUCAGGUGGCUUCUUUUCCUCAACAUCUUCGUGUCUAUAGUAGUUAUUCUAUUUACUAUCUUGCCAACAGUAUUGCUAAACGAAGAACAAGAUAAUUGUAAAGAUACCGACAAGAACUCAACCGUGUGCUGCUCAAAAGCGUAUCUAGAUAGAAAUUCUACGGACUCCAGUGUGAUACUUGAUGUUAUACAAGGCACAGGGUGGAUGGAACGCACUAUACUAUUCUACGGUGUUUAUAGCAACCAAAUAUAUAAUUAUAGUCUAUGGGAUACAUUAUUCUACUACAAUAUGCCGCUAGCGUACAUACUAGUUCCUAUAUCGUGGGCAUUGUUCUGUCUCAUUUCUGUAGUCAGGUCAGCUGCGAAAGGACUCAAAGAAAAGCUGGUGGAAAGCGAAGGUCAGUUCUACAAGUUUUGUAAUUUGAUGUUCGGUGGCUGGGAUUUUUGUAUCCAUAAUGAGAAGUCAGCUAAAAUUAAACACAAAGCACUGUUCAACGAAAUAAAAGGAUCUCUGCAGGAGCAAAGGUUUAUAGAAGAAAGACAGUUACGUUCAAAAGAGAACCGAAUCUUAAUACAUUUUAAACGAUUGUUUGUCCAUAUUAUUGUUUCUAUUAUAUUAGGCGCGUCCGGAUAUCUCAUUUAUAAGGUAUAUAAUUAUUCACUAGACCAGUUGAAUGAUAUGGCGUCACAAAGUGACUAUGCCAUGUCACCGAAUCGAACUGCACAAAGGCUAAGUUUCACCCAAUUGAGUUUAGACAAAAGCGAAACCCUGCGUAAAUACAAAGAGAGUUUCGUUGGACAAUUACGUGUUACUCUCCUAGAAUUCCUACCGUUUCUCUGUAUAGUUGUAUUAAAUAUAAUUGUCCCGGAAAUCUUCAGUUAUUUAGUCAAAUUUGAAUAUUACACCCCAGCUACUGUCCUCAUCGCGACGUUAUUGAGGACUGUUAUUUUAAGGUUGUCAUCAUUAUUUGUUCUGCUAAGUCAAAUAUAUAUGUACACUAGAGAAAAUGUGUUCUGUUCUUAUAAUAUGAAGGACCAAAUCGGUCACGAAUGCUGGGAGACUUACGUAGGUCAGCAACUCUACAAAUUGACACUAACAGAUUUAGUCGUUCAAUUCAUUAUUACAUUCCUAAUAAAUUUUCCCAGAGCGUUCUUAGCCCGCCACACCAGGAAUCGAUUCUUCAAACUAAUCGGCGAACAAGAGUUCUACUUGCCCAAGCAUGUUUUAGACAUUGUAUAUAUACAAACAAUUAUAUGGAUGGGCUCGUUCUCCUGUCCGUUCCUACCAAUUAUAGGGGCUAUAUUUUACAUCCUAAUAUUUUAUAUCAAAAUGUUUACAUGCUUAACUAAUUGUACGCCCUCUCCUGUAGUAUACAGAGCGUCGAAAUCUAAAUCUCUAUUUAUGUACGUAUUAUUGUUCGCAUUUAUAGUAUCUAUUGCACCUGUAGCUUAUUCAGUAGCAGAAAUUCCACCAUCCAGAAAUUGUGGUCCUUACCGAGGCUACAGUACUGUAUGGGAGUAUGUUGUAACGACUUUCAACCAAUUCCCAGACUUUUUCAGGAAGGCAAUCUUCUUAAUAGGUACUUCCACGUUCGCCGUACCAGCGUUUGCUGGUUUAUUAUUAUUGUUGUAUUAUUAUUGGGCAGUGGCAAAGGCUAAUAGACAUAUGGUGACGGUGCUGAGGAAUCAGCUAGUCCUAGAAGGGCACGACAAGCAGUUUCUGCUAGAUAAACUCGGUGAGGUUAUACGACAGCACCAACGGAAGUGCGAUAACCGACGGAACCGUCCCAGUUUGGAUGAUGACUCCUCAAGUAGACAAGGGUCUAGAUUAUCGGCCUGAAUAUUGGUGGAAUAAGGGAGGCUGGUGUUAAAUCUUUUAAAUUCUUAUGAACAGUUUUCACUAUAACUAAAUUAAAUUAUAUUGAGAAAACCUUCGCAUCGCCUUCUCUCAUUAGAGAGUGAGUCAAAAGUUGCGUUCACGACUACCUUGACAGAUGACAAUUCCUCUGAUUACCCCAUCUGGGAUAUCAGUCAGCAUAAUAUUGUAUAUAUUUAAAUUUAUUUUCAAAAUUUAAUAGACUCGAUUUUAAGUAAUCGAAAAUAGGGUUUGUUAAAUUUAUAAAAUAAAUAAUAUAUGUAAAAAAUAUGUAUUAAUUAACUAAAUUAAUUAGUUUUAAACAUAUUUAUUUGAUUAAUUGUUUACAAUUGACACAAAAUGGUCACAUGUUAUGUAAAUAUUAGUGUUAUAAUACUCGAAUUCUGUAAUUUAAUAGAAUAUCGAAUUGUAUCCAGUUAGUGUAAGAAUAAAUGUAAAAAACAUGUUACGUAUAUGAUAAUUUCACGUCAUAUGUUAAGAGCAUCAGUUUUUUACUAAUACACGUAUACAUAUAUAUGUAUUAUUUAUUUACGUAUACAUAUCUUUUUAUGUACGGCUAAUAAUCUGACAGCCCAAUGGAUUUUAAGCAAGUGUUGUACUAUGUGAGCGAUACGAUCACGUGAUGUUCGUG